AUGGCUACCAGACGGAGAAUUGGCGUUAGCAUUGCAACUUCGGAAGCCGCGCGGCGGCAGCUCAUGGCGCCCGUCCCAUGCUGGGAGAGGGUCUGGACGAAGCCUGACAAUGCGCCGCCUGGUUCGACCCUUAAAGUAUACAAGUGGGUCAAGACGGACAAAGUGCAGCAAUUCAGUGACGACGAGAGCGAGGUUGACGCGCCGUUAGCGCCUUUGCCGGACGAACCAGAAGUUGUGGAGGGUGACGAGGAAGGAGAGCAAGAGGAAACGGCUCCUCCACCUUCUGUACCUCCUGAAGCGCCUCCAGCCCAUGCGACGGCAGCGAGUGGUCAGGAAGACGAGUCGGCUGCCAAGUCGCCGAAAACACAGAAUACGCUAUCUCUGGAAGUACCCUCGUCGGCCCCAGCGGCGGAGGCCAAUGAUAUUUUGGACGAUUCGCUAAAGCCGCUCGUGGAUGAUAUGAACGCUACUGCCGACAUCUCCGUGCAGAUGACUACGGAGAACGCGGAAGGCCUGGAUCUCUCGCAACUCCCGCCAGACGGAACGUCCUUCGAAGCCGCGCAGGAUAUGUCGCAGCUGCAAGACGCAGACGCGCUGCUCGGAGGGCAGAUGAUGGACCAAUCCGCAGAUCCAUUUGGCGAGCAGAUGCAAUCUUAG